CGUUCGAGCUUUGCCAUAUCAACAGCUUCCCAUCAACCACCAAGAUGGAUUACCAAAACCGAGCAGGCUCCAAAUUCGGCGGCGGAGGCGUAGCCUCCCACUCUGCCACAAACGCCGACCGUCGCGAACGCCUCCGCAAACUCGCCCUCGAAACUAUCGACCUCGACAAAGACCCCUACUUCUUCAAAAACCACGUCGGCAGCUUCGAGUGCCGCCUGUGUCUGACAGUCCACCAAAAUGAUGGCUCGUACCUCGCCCACACGCAGGGCCGCAAGCACCAAACGAACCUGGCCCGUCGCGCGGCGCGCGAGCAGCGCGAGGGCAAGAAUCAGGACCCUUCGUCGUUGCCGGGGGCUAUGGGGGUGCAGGUGAAGAAGCAGACGAUUAAGAUUGGGCGGCCGGGGUAUAAGAUUACCAAGGUGCAGGAUCCGUUGACGAGGCAGGUUGGGUUGUUGUUUCAGCUGCAGUAUCAAGAGAUUACGCCCGGGGUUGCGCCGAGGGUGAGGUUUAUGUCUGCGUUUGAGCAGAAGGUUGAGGAGCCGCCGGAUAAAAAUUUCCAGUAUUUGGUUGUGGCUGCGGAGCCGUAUCAGACUUGUGGGUUUAAGUUGCAGGCGAGGGAGAUUGAUCGCAGGGACGGGAGGUUUUGGACCUGGUUUGAUGAGGAUAGUAAGGAGUUUUGGGUUCAGAUUAUGUUCAAGACGGAGCGUGAGGAAAGGUUUAGUGGUGUUCCUGGUUUGGCACCCAUGGGACGGACCUAGGACAUGAUCUUGUACAAAAUCAUGCUAUCUGUUUCCGGCGCUUGGUGUUUAAGGAUCCUUACUGGAAUUUGCUCAAGAUUGACCUGUGUUUAUAAUAAUAUGCUUAAUCAACAUGGCAUCCUUAUGGUAGAAGCCAGCAUACGCUCUCAUAUGGUAAAUUGGAAGAAGUCCGGUACAUGACUAUACUGC